CGAACGAGUUCAACGAAUAUUUCUUGUGCUUGAAAGACACAAAACAAAUCGAUCAAAAUGUUCAAGAGUCAUUUGGAAAUGAUUGGGCGCAAUGAGAGCCCCAGCAAGAAGGCCAAGUUCUGGCAAUCCUACAUCAGAUCCCUGAAGGGUUCCGAGGAUAUCCGUGCCCAUGAAGCACCAAAACCCUCUCGCCCAUACAGCUCGUACCUGGAUUCGCCCACAUACAGGAGCAUCUACGAUGAGCCCUCCACCGCCAACGAGCGUGUGCAAUCUUCUGGCUACAGAUACUUGCCAGUGAGCCGUGACACCUACGGCUACUCGCCACGUGCCAUCUACGAUCAUCAUUACAGCAGAACAAUUCCAGCUAACUACGAUGCAGAGAAGGCCUGGAAUGAUCAUUUGAAGCGCAUGCAAGAGAUUGAGCGCAGAUACCCAUCUCGCUAUGGUCUCUACUUGAAGGACAAGCCACUCACACCUAACUCCCUGGUGCCUUUGGAAUACGAGCCAGAGGACAAGCUGUUGGCUGAACUCAACAAGGCACGCCGCUCGGCCUCGCCGUUCCGCCCCGCCCGCACCACUCGCGCUGGCAGCGAGCCUUAUGUGCCACCACCAUCGUACUGGAAUCGCGAUAGCAGCGUGCCACGUGGACCAUCUGUGUUCGAUCGUGCCACCAGCCUGGCUCCAUUCACGCGACCAGUCUUCCGUGCCAGCUCGCUGGAACCUUUGGAUGAACUCUUUGAAAGUAAGUUGCCCACAAUCGCUGAGGCGGAGGGAGCCGGUGCAGCCGAUGCUGCCGCUCCUGCCAGGCCAAGCAUUUUUGAGCGCGCCGGCUCGCCUAGUCCCACUCCUGUUAAAGCCGGUCGCUGGGGACCUCGUCCCACUGAAGUCGCCUACGAUGCUGAGGGACUUCCAAUCUUCCAUCCACGCAACCGCUUCAGGGAUCUGUUGAGCCCCAGCCCCAACUUGCCCAUCUCGUCGAUUGUGCGCGAUCCCUUCUGGUGGGAUGUGGAUGAUCUGGUGCCCUUCCGUGCCACCUCGGUGCCCCGUGCCUCGAGCCCCGUGGCCCGUGAUUCGUAUUUGUCGCCGGUGAAGAAUCGUUAUCUGUGGUCCAAGCAUCCAGCCAGACCCUUGACACCUCACCGCUCAAUUUUGUAAACGAACGAAAACGAAACUUAACAAGAUCAACAACUACAACAACGAAUGCAUCAAUGGGGUCCCCAAAACAACGACUAGCUUUGGUUUCUGUCACAACAACAACACCAAACGGAAAUCAGUGAAAGUAGCUAAUAUAAAUGUAGUCUCAAAAUCCUCUACAACGAUUGAAUUUUUUCAAAACUGUCAGCCCCAUAACAACCGGGGCUGUCUCCAACUAAAUAUUGCCAUCAAGUGCGUACUUCCCGUAGUAAAAAAGAAACAACAACAUUAAUAAUAAUAAAAGAAGAUGAAGAAUGAAACAACCAAAGAACAACAUAAUCUACAACUCUCAAUAAAGUUUUUAUUUUCAAUUUUUUAGCUCAUGUCUUAGUAUUAAGUGCAAGUAUAUGAAAAAAAAGAAAUCGAUUUACAUUUAUUAUAAUAAAAAAUAACAAAUCACUUAUGCGACGCUCUAGAACAACCCGAGCGCCAUAAAUUGUUCCUUUUUUGUAUAUUUUAGACGCUAUAGUAAUAUAAUUACAUGUAUUGAAAACCAAACUCGAAUUUCAAAUAUUUAAACGUUUGAUCUUUUGAGCUCAAUUUGAAACUAAUGCUGUUAGGAUACACGAACCUUUCACUGCAUAUGCGAAUAUAAACUUAUAUCUGCCAUAAAUAAAUGCAGCAAAUGCGGCUAAGCUUAUUUUCAAUUUGUAAUAAAAACUAAAAAAAAAAAACUAUAAAAUUUUGGAAAAAAAAAUAAAAACACUUCUAAAAACCUAAUAA